AUGUCGGCCGGCGAGGUCGAGCGCCUAGUGUCGGAGCUGAGCGGCGGGACCGGAGGGGAUGAGGAGGAAGAGUGGCUCUAUGGCGAUGAAAAUGAAGUUGAAAGGCCAGAAGAAGAAAAUGCCAGUGCCAAUAAUCCUCCAUCUGGAAAUGAAGAUGAAACUGCUGAGAAUGGCGUACCUAAACCGAAAGUGACUGAGACUGAAGAUGAUAGUGAUAGUGACAGUGAUGAUGAUGAGGAUGAUGUCCAUGUCACUAUAGGAGACAUUAAAACGGGAGCACCACAGUAUGGGAGUUAUGGUACAGCACCUGUAAAUCUUAACAUCAAGACAGGAGGAAGAGUUUAUGGAACUACAGGAUCAAAAGUCAAAGGAGUAGACCUUGAUGCACCUGGAAGCAUUAAUGGAGUUCCACUCUCGGAGGUAGAUUUGGAUUCUUUUGAAGAUAAACCAUGGCGUAAACCUGGUGCUGAUCUUUCUGAUUAUUUUAAUUAUGGGUUUAAUGAAGAUACCUGGAAAGCUUACUGUGAAAAACAAAAGAGGAUACGAAUGGGACUUGAAGUUAUACCAGUUACCUCUACUACAAAUAAAAUUACGGUACAGCAGGGAAGAACUGGAAAUUCUGAGAAGGAAGCAGCACUUCCAUCUACAAAAGCUGAGUUUACUUCUCCUCCUUCUUUGUUUAAGAGUGGACUCCCACCAAGCAGAAACAGCAACUCUUCUCAAUCUCAGACAAGUUCUGCCUCCAGAAAAGCCAAUUCAAGCGUUGGGAAAUGGCAGGAUCGAUAUGGGAGGUCCGAAUCACCUGAUCUAAGGAGAUUACCUGGGUCAAUUGAUGUUAUUGGUCAGACUAUAACCAUCAGCCGAGUUGAAGGGAGGCGACGGGCAAAUGAAAACAGCAACAUACAGGUCCUUUCUGAAAGAUCUGCUUCUGAAGUAGACAACAAUUUUAGCAAACCACCUCCAUUUUUCCCUCCAGGAGCUCCUCCUACCCACCUCCCACCUCCUCCAUUUCUUCCACCUCCUCCAACUGUCAGCACUGCUCCACCUCUGAUUCCACCACCAGGUUUUCCUCCUCCACCAGGUGCUCCACCUCCAUCUCUUAUACCAACAAUAGAAAGUGGACAUUCCUCUGGUUAUGAUAGUCGUUCUGCACGUGCUUUUCCAUAUGGCAAUGUUGCCUUUCCCCACCUUCCUGGUUCUGCUCCUUCAUGGCCUAGUCUUGUUGACACCAGCAAGCAAUGGGACUAUUACUCAAGAAGAGAGAAAGACCGAGACCGAGACAGAGACAGAGACAGAGACCGAGACCGAGAUCGUGAUCGAGACAGAGAGAGAGAGCGCACCAGAGAGAGGGAGCGAGAGCGUGAUCAUAGUCCUACACCAAGUGUUUUCAACAGUGACGAAGAACGAUACAGAUACAGGGAGUAUGCAGAAAGAGGCUAUGAGCGUCAUAGAGCAAGUCGAGAGAAAGAAGAACGACAUAGAGAAAGACGACACAGAGAGAAAGAGGAAACCAGACACAAAUCAUCUCGAAGUAAUAGUAGACGUCGCCAUGAAAGUGAAGAAGGAGACAGUCACAGGAGACACAAGCACAAAAAAUCAAAAAGGAGCAAAGAAGGAAAAGAAGCUGGCAGUGAGCCUGCCCCUGAACAGGAGAGCACCGAAGCUGCACCUGCAGAAUAG